AUGGAGCAUGGAGGUGUUGUGUCGAAGGGGAUGGCGUCAGACCCUUCAAGUUCGUACCAAAAAAUAAUAAUAGUUGCAGCUAUUGCAGCCGGAGUCCAAUUUGGUUGGGCUCUACAGCUUUCAUUGCUAACACCUUACGUCCAACAACUUGGAGUUUCACAUACAUGGUCCGCUUUCAUAUGGCUUUGCGGACCAUUAUCAGGACUUAUUGUGCAACCCACUGUCGGGUACUACAGUGAUCGCUGCACCUCUAGGUUUGGUCGUCGUCGGCCGUUCAUUGUUGCUGGAUCUACUUUUGUGGCAACUGCAGUUUUCCUCAUUGGCUUUGCUGCAGACAUUGGGCAUGCAGUGGGUGAUCCGCUUAACAAACCCACAAAACCAAGAGCUGUUGCCAUCUUUGUGGUUGGAUUUUGGGUUCUUGAUGUUGCUAACAACAUGCUCCAAGGCCCUUGUAGAGCUCUGUUGGCAGAUAUGUCAUGUAACAACCACAAGAAGAUGAGAAUGGCCAAUGGAUUUUUCUCAUUCUUCAUGGGGGUAGGGAAUGUUUUGGGGUACGCAGCUGGGUCCUAUAACAAACUCUACAAAUUCCUUCCCUUCACACUAACCAAAGCAUGUGACAGUUACUGUGCCAACCUCAAAACAUGCUUCUUGAUCGACAUUGUAUUCCUUCUCCUCGUUACCACGUUCGCUGUGUUGAUGGUGAGCGAGAACCAAUUUGACCCAUUGGAGAUUGACGAAGAAGCAACACCCUUUUUCGGGAAAUUGUUUGGAGCACUCAAGAAGUUGGAGAGGCCAAUGUGGCUUUUGUUGCUGGUAACAGCCUUGAACUGGAUCGGUUGGUUCCCAUUUAUCAUGUACGAUACUGACUGGAUGGGUUUGGAAGUGUACGGAGGAAAGCCAAAGGGGAGUCCUGAAGAAGUCAAGUUCUAUGACCUUGGUGUUCGUGCUGGGGCCCUUGGGUUGAUGGUAAACUCAUUUGUUUUGGGAUUUUCAGCUUUGGGAAUUGAGCCAAUAAGUCGUAUUUUAGGAGGCCUCAGAUGGUGGUGGGGAAUUGUUAACAUUAUAUUUACAGUUUGCAUGGGAUCCACCGUCGUGGUUACAAAGGUUGCUGAGCGUUGGAGGUCCGUUAAUGGUUUGCGUCCUCCUCCACUAAACGUCAGGGCAGGAGCAUUUUCGAUCUUUGCGAUAUUGGGUAUUCCAUUGUCAGUCACUUUUAGUGUUCCAUUUGCGCUUGCGUCCAUCUUUUCUUCAGAAUCGGAUGCGGGUCAAGGCCUCUCCUUGGGAAUUCUCAACCUCUUCAUUGUGAUUCCACAGUUUAUCGUAUCCGCAGUUAGUGGGCCAUUAGAUGCUGCUUUCGGAGGAGGAAACUUACCCGCAUUCGUAAUGGGUGGAAUUGCUUCUUUUGCAAGUGCAAUGUGUGCAAUGUUCGUCCUCCCGGAUCCACCACCUCAAUCCGAUGUCUCCUUAACAAUGGGCGGUGGUCAUUGAUUCUUCCAACUUUAUCAGAUUUUCACCGUUCCUCUCAUUAUUUUUUGUCCAUUUUCUCUACUCUUUUCUUUGUUAAUUCUUUGUAUGAGAUAAUAAACGUAGAAUAAUUUAUAAUAAAACUAGAAUGUUUUUAUUUUUCU